AUGGCACAUGGAAUAUCUGUGGCCAGUUGCCUCCGGAGGACGACUUUGAACUGUUUGGUCCGAGUCCUGCAGCAAGCACCGGUUCCACCUGCAGUGACGACGACAGUUGGUUUGGACCCACAGCUGCAGCAGUUGAUGCUGAAUAUGAUGCAGAUGCAACAGCAGACGCUCCAGGUCAUGAUGGCUAGGAUGGACGCAGAUGAGAGAAGAAGGCGAGAAGCUGAGGCUGCCUCUGCAGCUGUAGCUGACCCCUUUGGUUCGACGGCUGCGGCUGGAAGUCCGUCAGCUAAAGCUACUGCUCCUCCACCUCCAGCGUCUGCUGGUCCGUCGGUGCACGUAGGAAGCAACAGAGCUGAGAAGUACCUCCCUGCUUUGCCCACCAUCGACGCUCCAUCGAUGGGGAAAGGGCGUGUGAAAGAGCUGGAAGAGUACCACCGUUGGUGUGAAGUUUUGGCGUCAUGGUUGGCGCUCAUAGACGACAACUACGUCAACGAGUUGCGCCAAGCAAUGGUGCACAACAGGGAGAUCAAGCAGUCAGAGAUGUCUGCUCCUGUGGCUUCGAGGUCUGCUCGGUUGUUUUACUACCUUCAACAGAGUUUGCAGAAGUUUGAGAAAGGCAUGGAGCUUGUGAGAAGCACGUCCAUGCGGCAAGCUCAAGCUGCUUGUGGGUACGAAGUCAUGCGGCAAAUGCAUGCGACUUUCAGCAUUGUCUCAAGAAUGGAGGCAAUUGCAGUGAGAGAUGAGGCCCUGAAGUUGCCUGCCAGAGCCCGAACCUACAAGAGGGGCAUGCGCCCAGGGAAAGCAGUGAAGAAUGAGCCCAAUGAUGCUGAGCCCCCACGUCUCACCAUGACGGAUAAGGAAGUAGAGAAGCUGAACCAGUCCUCUUCGAGGAACAGUCACUUUGCGUGGCUUGUUGAUAGUGGAGCCACGUGCCACGUGUUGUCUGUUGCUUCUUUGUCGUUUUACGAAGUCGUGAAGGAGCAUUCGGGACCGCUGCCUGUCUUGAUGAGUGCUAGCGACACCGAGAUGGAAUGCCUGGUUGGCGUCGCUUUCGGGUUGGUGUUCUUGGUUCACUGCCACACCCGGAGCUGGUGGGCAAUGGCCCAGGAGAUCGGCCCCGCGAGAGCUAAGGCGAAAGCGAAGUCCAAAGCAGGAGUGCCCAAAGGUACCCCACCGAAGUUUGGGAAAGAAGACGACGACACGGGAGAUGCAAUGGAAGUGGACCGCGCCAAGGAGAAGGCGCAUCCGAACAAGCAUCCGCAGAGAGCUUUGGAAGAGAAGGAGCCGGCCCAGAUGAUGGUUAUGUCCGAGAGAUGGCAAGAUCUCAGAGCGAUGCAGACAGCGGCAUCCAGCAGGCGACAGUCUUUGGUGCAGAAGCUGCAGCUGAGUCGCAGCGUAGAGCAGAGGCGAGAGGCCGAAGAACUAGUGGCAAUGAACAGAUGCGAUUCGAAGGAAUUGCUCCACCGAGGAUUUCACUCCCUAACUUCUCCGGCCUUGCCUUCUGGAGAACCUCCCGCUCCCACUCAGGAGGGCAACGAGGCCGACGAUUGGGGGAAAUGGAAGGCGGUGCCAGGCCCUCCUGCGAGCCCGCCUCCACCGGGGACGCCUGUGGUGCCGCCUGGACCCCCGGAGACGCCGCCCGAGACACCACCGGAGACUCCUCGGGAGAAGAAGAAGAAGGACAAGAAGAAGGAGAAGAAGAAAGGCUCCAAGGAGCGCCGUGCACGAGAAAAGGACCAGGUCGCCGAGGACAAGAAGGACCACAACGAGGGCGAGAGAGACAAGGCCGCCGAAGGAGUGGCUUUGCUGAGGGAGCAAGAGCUCAAGAUGGCUGCCGCCAGCAAGAACUUGGCGGAGAAGGAGCGAGCGUCGGCAGCGGCGAAGGCAGCCGCCAAUGUGGCUGUCGAGAAGUGGACGCCCCAACAGAGGGCACGCAAGGAGGCAGAGCUCCAAGCAGCCCUGCUUGCUCAGGAGCAAGCCGCUGCUACAGUUCGUUUGCUUACUUUGGAGUUACAACUUGGGGAUGCCCUGCCCCCGAGAGUUCAGCGGCGGAUCAGCCUGUCGUCUUCGAGUGUGGAAGCUAUCACUCCUCCAGGAACGCCUCCGACAACACCCGUGUCGCCCGGAUCUGCGGUUCCAAAGACACCCCAACGAUCACCUUUGGUGAAAGCGAUGCCCAAGGUUCCGGAGAGCCCUGCUUCUCAAGCUGCUGUGAGCCUUGUUGCUCCAGCUGCUGCGGGGCCUGUUGCUCAAGCUGCUGCGAGGCCUGCGGUUCGAGUUGCUUUGAGGCCGGCGGUCCGAGCUGUUCAAGUGAAGGCGAUGCCCAAGGUGGGGCAGGUGCCGGAUGUUGGGCACAUGGGACCUCCAGCGCCGCCGAUGGUUGGGCCAAUGGGCCCUGUACCACAAGCACCGCAGGUUGUUGGGAAGAUGCACAUGUUCCCGCCGGCGCCGCCCUUCUUGGGGUACAUGGGACCAGUGCCUCCAGCACCACCGCCAGGAUACCGAGGCAUUUUCAAUCCGUGGUCCACCGGGCCGUUGCGCCAGGUGUUUGGAGCUGUGGGCCAGCAUGUGACGCCCAUCACUCCGAGUGCCGUCAAAAGCACCACGGCCAACAGCAAGGGCAACUCUAGCCCCUACGCCAAAGAAGAGAGAUCGAUCACCUUCGAUCUGAGGCGGUGCAAGAGUGCGGUGCCAAAGUGGUAG